AUGGACUCAAGAAGACCCGACAUGAAGAAGAAGCUGGUGGUGGUUGGAGAUGGCGGAUGCGGGAAAACUUGUCUCCUCAUCGUAUAUGCAGAGAAUAGAUUCCCCGAGUCUUACAUACCCACUGUGUUCGAAAACUACGUCACGCAAAUCCAAUUCGACGGCAAACUGGUAGAGUUAGCACUUUGGGACACCGCAGGGCAGGAAGAAUACGACCGACUACGACCACUAUCCUAUCCAGAAUCCGACGUCAUCCUUAUCGUAUUCUCUAUCGAUUUUCCCGUCUCCCUAGGAAACGUGCAAGAUAAGUGGUACCCUGAAGUUGCCCACUUUUGCGAAGGAACACCUCUUAUCCUCGUUGGAACCAAGACUGACCUGCGGCGGGACGAACAAACACGACGGAUGCUUGGCGCACAAGGUCAGGUGCCAGUGACACCCGAGCAAGGUGGGAUGGUGGCGCGGGAAAUCGGUGCCAAGUACGUUGAGUGCUCAGCAAAGACGGGAAGCGGCGUGCAAGACGUGUUCAACCUUGCAUUGCGAGAAAGCAUGAAGGGAAGAUGGGGGAAGAUGGUGAAGCAGCGACGGUGUGUGAUUGUGUAA